GUGAAGAGCAUAAAAGCGCCGGUUGUUUCGAUCAAGGAUCUAAGAAUCACAACUGUAAGUAGCCUUCCUUGCAGUUCCUGUGAAAGAUAACACGUUUUUAGCUAUAAUUCUACUUUCCUAUUAUAAAAACUCAUGUACAAAUCUCUUCUCGUCUUAUUAGAUCUGAGCGCUGCGUUGGACACCAUAGACCAUAGGACUUUGCUAAAUAUUCUUGAGAGUGACUAUGGUAUAGGUGGUGAUGCCAUAAAGUGGUUUGAGUCGUACUUAUCGGUCAGGAAACAACAAAUAUUCAUUAAUCAGCAGCUGUCUAAGCCCUUUGAUCUGGAUUGUGAAGUUCCCCAAGGCAAUUGUUUGGAACCUAUUCUUUUUCUCCUAGUGCUUCUAGACUGUUUAAAGUAUUGGCAAAGUAUCACCCUGAAGCACAUGCGUAUGCGGAUGACUCGCAAUUAUAUUUUUCUUUUAAACCUGACUCCUCUAACUCACAGAGGGAAGCCUUCUAAGUGAUUGACGAAUGUAAUGCAGAGGUUCGCAUUUGGAUGAUCUCCCAUCGGCUAUUAACUAAUGACAAGAAGACUGAAUUUCUUAUCAUCGGCUCUUACCAGCAGUUAUCCAAGGUCUCCAUUGAGUCAAUUGCUGUCGGUACCUCUGUUAUGAAACCUGUGGAGUGUGUCCGUAAUCUGGGUGCAUGGUCUCCCAAAUUAAUAAGCCGCUGUGCCUGA